UCGUUCGGACGCACAUUUCUUUCUGUGCGCACAGGAAAAAAAAAAAACAAAAUAAACAACGCGAGUUGAAAUUCGAGUGUUCACUUCAGCGGUUCGCGCGACGCGAGAUUAAACCGAUAGUAAGCUGUUGUUGAUUUUAUCGACUAACUUUAAUCACCAACGAGUUGAUAAUAGUUUAAUCACUUUGCCUGUGGUAGGCAGUCAGUGAUCGAGAGGCUCAAAAGUGUGCUAUUUGCACUUCGACAAUGUCGUCGGUUUCCGGUUGCCUUAGUUCGCGUGGUCUACCAUAAACGGAGAAGAAAGUGUGACUUCGAUACUGAGUGGAGUUCGUUGAUCAGUUCGAACCAGUUCCGGUGCGAGGCGAUUGAAAUUUUUGCACUUACAAAUUGUACAGUAAAUACGUGAAGGUGUGUAGUCAGCCGAACUCAACAAUGGGAUGAGUUCGAAUUCGAAACAUGCAAAUGACAGAUAACGGAACACUCGGGUGAGAGAAGAAAAUUCGUGGAAAAUAUGCCAAAAGUGAAGGUACCUAGCAGUGAAUCGAAACCAUCGCCAGCGUCAGCCGCACUGGUGGCUCUGGUUACCAUCGCUAUCAUGCGAUCCUGUGCCGUGGCAGCGCCCUCAUUAGCGGCCAAAUCCUGGCCAGUGAUGAAAAACUACGACAUUUGGGGAGUUCCGCCCGAAGCGGAGCAAAAGCAGAAUGCAGUGUCCACAGCGUUAACCUCGGCUAGAUCGCCGCCAUUCAACGUCGGUCGUCGGUCGACUUCAUUAUCCGGUUUGCAAUCGUUGAAACUUGAACCUAAUUUGCACAAUGUUACCGAACUUCAGCGGGGUCAGAGUUUCGGGUUGGAUACACUUUUACAGGACGAUGGCUUCGAACGGGAUGACGAUAGCAGCUUCGAUGGAGGCUAUCAAAACAGCGGACGGAGGGCCAAGGUGCUCAACUUUUUCCCAGUUCCGGUGGACGAUGAAUGUCUCUCGGAUGAUGGGCUGCGCACCGGUCAGUGCAUGAACGUUUACGAGUGCCGCAUCCAGGGUGGCGCAUCCCGAGGCGAGUGUGCGCUUGGUUUCGGCGUGUGUUGUAUAUUUACGGCCACCUGCGAUCAGGAGAUGGCAAACAACAUCACCUACUUUGUUUCGCCAAGCUUUCCGGCGCUGGUCUCCCAGGACACGAUGGCAUGCAAGCUGAAAGUCAAACUGAUUAACUCGGAGAUUACCCAGCUGAAGUUCGAUUUCAUUCACUUUGCAUUGGGUCAACCCAAUCGGCGGACGGGAAUCUGUGACGGCGAUGUGCUGCGGCUGGUCGGGGGAGUUUUUACGUUUGAUUUGUGCGGUCAGAAUAGUGGUCAGCAUUUGUACUACGAUGUGAGUUCGAAAUCUCGAGCCAACAACGAAGUCGAGCUGGAGAUGAAAUUCUCGCCACGGUCCUUCACGCAGCGACUUUGGGAGAUCAAAGUGACGCAGAUCCCGUUCAGCCAAAGGGCACCGAGUGGGUGUAUGCAGUACUUUACCGGAACGGAGGGUGUAAUACAGACGUUCAAUUUUGCCGAAAACGGACGACAUUUGGCGAACCAAAAUUACAGGGCGUGCAUCCGGCAGGAGAAAGGAAUGUGUUCGGUCGCGUACGAGCCGUGCGAUGAUCAGUCUUUUCGCAUUGGAAACCCGAGAGCUGACAGUUCGGGUAGUUUCUCGACGCCGUUUGGUAGUGGCACUCCGGGUGGUGUUGGCAGCACUGGGGGUUUGGGUGGAUUACCCGGAUCCGGUGGUACGGGUACAUUUACGGAUCCUGGGAUUGCGAGUGAUCCUUUAGCGCCGGCAGCAGAUAUUCCAGCCGCUCCGCCAGAAGUUGAGGCACCUGCAGCGGAUGAACCAGCUGUUGAAGAACCUGCCGCUGAUGAACCAGCUGCUGAGGAUCCACCUGCCGAUGAUCCACCCGCCAAUGACCCAGAGGCGGAGGAAGGUUCCGGAGGCGGUGGAGGAGGGUUCUUCAGUGGUUUCUUUCCUUCGUUUUUCUCGCGAAGUAUCUUUGACUCGUACCGAGAUUUCGAAGGAUCCAGCCGACAGGGACGUUAUUCGAGGCAGUUCUUUUCGACCUGCAGGGAUCGGAUAACGCUACCGUGCAUCGUGGAAGAUUUCAUCGGUAUCGGUAUGGGUGAUCUGCCCAGUUGCAUUCCGGUGCAUUGUGGAAAUUCACUGUGCCCAGGUGGGGCAACGCCUUGCCGGGUGGAAACUUCGGUUACCCCCUUUGGGCUGGGAGUACACUUUGGUGAAGGUUUAGAUAAAGGAAGUCCGGAGGAUAACAUUGGAGCGUGUUUGCGGUAUAGUCAGAUCCCGUGCGCGGGGUAAAUGGAAUUGUUUUCGGUCGUUUGUCGACCGUGUAUGCAUGCGAACUUUUAUUUAUUUGCAGUGAGUGUUAGUCAUUAAAUUAA